AUGAAUUCUCUGUCACGUCACCGCUUUACAAACGCGCGGAAUUCGCUCAAAUAUUGCAAGACAAUUUCUAGACGGCAAGCUGCUGUUCAAAGGAGCAUUAGUACUUUCACGGCCUCUGAUUAUAUACAGAGAUUUCCCAAGUUCAAAGACAUUCGAGGUCCUUCUCUACGAUACUUUCUGUUGUGGACGUUACUAGGAUCUGAAGCAUUACACUUGCGAUGGACGAGAGUAGAACACGAAGAAUAUAAAGAAAAGGCAAAGUUACAAAUUGUAAAACUGAAGGAGCAAAUUGCGGCAAUGGAUGAUGGAGGGAAGUUGCAAGCAGCUGAUAAUGGCUUUUCUCGGCAGACACAACCACUAACGUCAUCAGAAGAUAUCGAUCUGCACAAAAAUAAAUCAGUGUCCAAAACUAAUAUAUUAAUAUGA